UUCUUUUGUUAACUUAUUGACGCUAAUCAAUCUGAAUGUUGAUUUGCGCUUGAUCCUCCCAAAAUUCUUGCCAUGCAAGUCUUAGAAAUCAAUAUUUUGGCAGGGCUAAUUUUAGAGAUUAAUCCAAAAACCUCUUUCACAUCUUAAGAAACUAAACAUACUCAAAUCAUUUUUAUUUGUUAUUUCCAUCAUAAUAGAUUUUACCUCAACCAAACAGCUAGAACACUUGUUUACCAUAAAAGCUAUGUUACAGGUUACCUGGGUGGAACAUUGUGAAUAUUUUGAGAGUGCGAUACACUCCCUCUACAGGCCUUUGAUCAGGUGUGGCAUGGGAUAUGGUGCGCAAAGGUGGAUGGCACAUCUUCAAAAGCACUGUGACUUUUUGAAUGCAAUCAUGUCAUCUACAGUGUCUGGCGAGAAUCACUCAGUUAUAACUCCAGAUGGUAGAAGGAGCUUGGCAAAGCUAGCACAGCGAAUGAAUCGUAUCUUCUGUGCUGGUGUUUGUGCAACAGGAAACAAAUGGGAAGUUGUUCAACUUAAGAAUAUGGGUGAUGAUUCCAGGUUCUUAGUACGAAAGGGUAUUCCUGAUCCUGGAGAACCCUCUGAGGUGGUUUUGAGUGCCACGAUGUCUGUACGGAUGCCUGUACAGCCACAUCAAUUGUUUGGUAUGCUGAAGGAUGAAGAACAUAGAAGUCGAUGGGAUAUUUUAUCCCAUGGGGGUUCUAUGGAAAAAAUAAUCUGCAUAUCCAAGGGCCAAGCUGAUUACGGCAAAAGCAUUUCUGUUUUACGCCCGACUGGCAUUACUGAUGAUAUGAAUCAGAAUAACAUGUUGCGGCUCCAAGCAACGUCCACCGAUAUAUCCGGGUCGCUCAUAGUUUAUGCAGCUGUUGAUAUGUCAUCUAUGACCCUGGUUUUGAAUGGUGGAGAUUCUUCUUCUGUUGCCUUGUUGCCAUCUGGAUUUGCAGUAGUUCCAGACUGUGUCCCCAGGUCCGAAGGAGGAAGCAGCUGCAAUGGGGGGGUCCCAGAAGAUAACACCAGCAGUGGAUCUCUACUGACUGUUAGUUUUCAAAUAUUGUUGAACAACCUCCCUAUGGCGAAGCUCACAGAGGAGUCAAUUGACACCGUGAAGACCCUCAUGUCUCGUGCAGUUCAGGGAAUUAAAGAUGUCCUUGGCUGUGAUUGAGGAGAUAUCAUCGGCUACAUGGCAUCACAUGCCAUGUUACUUUUGUUUUGUUACAGUUCGGUAAAACAAUAGUAGAAGUGAAGGGUUGUUUUUGAGUCAAGAACGAACCGAGUUGUAUCCAUUUUUGUGUGCCAGGUGCUCAUGGCUCUAGGAUUGGCACCUGGCAUGAAUGGUGGUUCGGGUAUUGACUUCGUUGGUCUGAGAAGUGACAUACUUUCUCAUUGAUCAGUGAUGUUUUUCUGUUGUCCCAGUCAUAUAGAUAUUCCUGUUGUGCUUGUGGAUUUAAUAGCCUUAUGGCCUAUAGGUACUUAAUGUGCCAACUUUUGCGAUAAACUUUGCUUGUUCUUGCAAGGACAAAUAAGCCUUUUGUUUUGCCUUAUUGCCAAAUGUUUGUGGCACAACACAAGUCAAUGCAGGUGUAGUCUAAACUUUUGAUCCCUUUGUUGAGGUUUAUUUUGCAUUCUUCCAUAA